GCUUCUAAAAAAGUGCUUUUAAGUUUAAGCUUUAAGCUUUUAAAUAAAUACAAGUUAAAUAAAUUUUCAAAAUAUUUAAAUUAAUUCAGUAUAACUUAAAAAUACUAAAAGGCAAUAUCUCGCCGCAAACCGAGGGCUUGGCUUUUGAACUCAAAUAUAUAAACAUUUCAAAUGUCUAUAUUUACAUACACACACAUACCCAGCAGCGACUGCGUGAUAUACUGAAGUGCGAAAUUGGGGCACACAGCUGUGCAAAAAAUUAAAAAAAAAAUAACAAGAGUAUAAUUUCAAUUUGCAUUAGCCAGCAUUUAGUCAUAAAGCGUGCGCUCUCACGCAUUUCACAGCGCUGACGCUCCAAUUGAGCGCUUUUAUGCUUAGCGACUGAGUGCCACCGUGCACCGGCUAUGCUUAGAAUCACUCAAAGCGUUCAUAUUGUACGGCAGGGAGGCUCAUUGCCUCCCUUGUAUGCUUUGCCCACGAAAGCGCCGCUGCACACCCCUGAAAGGCCACUCACUAGAGCGCAACUAGAGUUUUUAGUUAGUUGAACGGCAGGCGACAACGUGUGUGCUCAACGGCAUAACUGAAUGGCAAGGCAAACUGAAGGCAGACGAUUUUUGAAAACAAAGUGCAGAAGUUGAAUGAAAAUUUGUGCAAAACGAGGAAACGCGUGAAAUUCGCGGACAGCAAGACUAUUUGGCGACAAGUUGAAAAAAAUCGAUUUUUUGAGUGUGAGCUUGUUGUGGACGGCGGCGGCGCUCAUUAAAAAUACAUAUACACAAACAAGUAGAAGUGGCUGAACAGUAGAAACGCCCGCGUAGACAAGUCUAUUGCAUUUCAUUAGCGAUUUUUUUGGAAAGUAUAACAGAACCUGAUUUAUUAUUGCCAAAUGAUGAGUACCAAAGAUGUGCGCUUCAACCCGUUGCCUCAAGCUGCAGCCACCAGCUGCGAGCGUCACAGCGCCGUUGAGUGCCGAAACAACAACUGCAGCGGCAAAGCUAGCGACGCCAACCGCCAGCCGGGCGCUGCGCCCGCCAGCGUGCUGCUGGAUGAGCGCUUCUCGCAGCAGGUGCAGGGUGUGUACCCUCAAAGGCGUCAGGACGUGCUGAAGUGGUACGGCUGGGGCUACAAAGAUUCACAGUUCUAUGUGGACAAUGGCAUCAUCGGCUUCAAGGGUGACAAAUACCCACUUGAAGGCUGCCUGCUGCCCUACUUCACCGAUUGGGUUUACGGUAAAUUCGAUUUGCGCAUCAGUGACAAAAUACCGUAUCCGAAAAUGCCUACCGAAUUUCCGGCACCCACCACGAAUGCGCCAUUCUUGCGUGAACUCGAAGGGACAAAGCUGACGAGCUCGCAGUCUGGCGAGGAUCGGCUUAUACGUUGUCAUGGCCAGACGCUGCACGACAUCUACUAUCUGUGGCGCAAUGAAUUCAAACGCAUACCCGAUAUCGUCGUGUGGCCACAGAGUCACGCGGAUGUGGUGCAGCUUGUGACGCUCGCAAAUCGCCACAAUGUCGUGGUGAUACCGUAUGGCGGUGGCACCUCGGUGUCUGGUUCAAUUACGUGUCCGCAAGCGGAGGAACGCAUGAUCUGCGUGUUGGAUACGUCACAGAUGAAUCGCCUGCUGUGGCUGAAUAAAGCCAAUUUGACGGUGUGCUUCGAGGCGGGCAUUGUGGGACAGGAUUUGGAGCGCGAAUUGCGGAAGCUCGGCUUGACGGUGGGUCACGAACCGGAUAGUUAUGAGUUCUCAACACUCGGCGGUUGGGUGGCGACACGCGCCUCCGGCAUGAAGAAGAACGUCUAUGGCAAUAUUGAGGAUUUGGUGGUGCGUGUGCGCAUGGUGACCGCGUCUGGCGAGGUGUUGGAACGUGAGUGUAUGGCGCCGCGUGUGUCAUGCGGUCCCGAUUUCAACCAUGUUAUAAUGGGCUCCGAGGGCACACUUGGCGUUGUCACUGAGGUGGUAUUGAAAGUGCGUCCACUGCCCGCCGUGAAACGUUAUGGCUCGCUGGUGUUCCCCGAUUUCGAGCGUGGUGUGCAGUUUAUGCGCGAAGUGGCGCGGCGUCGUUGCCAACCAGCAUCAGUGCGGCUAAUGGAUAACGAACAAUUCGUGAUGGGACAAACGCUGAAGCCGGUAAGAGGCUGGUUGGCUAGCUUGGUUGAUGCAUUGAAGAAAACCUACAUUACGACUUGGAAGGGACUCGAUUUAACGAAGAUGUGUGCGGCCACAUUGUUAUUCGAGGGUAACGAGGAGGAUGUGCGCAGAGAGGAGGCGCUCAUUUAUGAGAUUGCCAAACAGUUUAAAGGAUUUCCGGCAGGUGGUGAGAACGGCGAACGUGGCUACAUACUGACAUUUGUCAUUGCCUACAUAAGGGAUUUCGCAUUGAACCAAGAAAUCGUCGCAGAGUCUUUUGAGACGUCAGUGCCAUGGGAUCGCUGCAGUGCGUUGUGUCGGAAUGUGAAGCGACGCGUGGAAGCGGAAUGUCACAAGCGCGGCAUUAAAAACUUCAUUAUCUCCAGUCGCGUAACGCAGACCUAUGACGCCGGCGCUUGCGUUUAUUUCUACCUCGGCUUCAGGCACACCGGCAUUGCCGAUCCUGUCGACACCUUCGAACAAAUUGAGACGAGCGCGCGCGACGAGAUACUCGCUUCGGGCGGUUCGCUGUCGCAUCAUCACGGUGUUGGUAAAAUCCGCAGCAAAUGGUAUGAGAAAACCGUUUCGAAAUCCGGCAGUGCGCUGUAUCUGGCGGCGAAAAGACAACUCGACCCGAAUAAUAUCUUCGCCGCAGGCAAUUUACUCACCGAGGAGCAGUGGCGGGAGGAGAGCAAAAAGCAGGCGCAUCAAACCACCGUUGAGUCCAGUUCCAUAGUUAAGGCGAAACUAUAAAGUUCGAAGAAAAAAACCAAAUAAAACCACUGAUAAGAGACACUAGUUUUAUGUUGUAGAGAAGUGUAGUGGAAUUAAUUAAAAAAAUUUUUGCCAUUUUUUUUACUUUUAUAAGUAUUAACGCUAGUUUAAUUCGAUUAUUGUUGUACAAGAAACUUAAUUUGCUUACUUAAUUAUUUAAUGUUUUGCUUAAGGACUAUGCUGUUACAAAGGGGUAAUUUUCUAAUUCAAAAUGUAUGGUUCAUAUUUAUUACACUAGUUUACACAAACUAUUUUUUACUACUUCUAUUUGCUUGCAUAUGGUACCUCGGUGUAUGCAGGGUUUAAAAAGGUGUUUGAAGUUUUGUAGUACAGAAAAAAUAAAAAAUGUCAUGAUAUAAACAAUAAAUCGCAUGAUAGAAAUCAUGAAAAUGUCAUGCUAUAAAAAUUAAAAUUAA